GUUCAUUCACACAGAACAACUCUGGAUUACCGCAGCCUUUGUAGAGUAGCUCCUUGUUUGGGCUCGGGGUGGAACACGGGGGUUCACCAAGCUGCGUAAAACGGCGUAAACAAUGAAAAUGUCCGCGGCGGAGAUCUGCCAGGUCCUGAAGGAGGGAGAACUGGAGAAGAGGAGCGACAACCUGCUCCAGUUCUGGAAGAGGAAGACGUGCGUCCUGACCACGGACAGCCUCAACAUUUACGCGGACACGCAGAAGCGCUCCAAGGGCAAAGAGCUGAAGCUGCAGUCCAUUAAGAAGGUGGACUGCGUGGAGCGCACCGGCAAGUUCGUCUAUUUCACCAUCGUGACCACAGACAAUAAGGAGAUCGAUUUCCGGUGCUCUGGAGAGGAUAACUGCUGGAACGCUGUGAUAACCAUGGCUCUGAUUGACUACCAGAACAGAAAGGCCAUCCAGGACUUUAAAACGCGCCAGGACAAUGAGAGCGCGUCGCCGGGACAGCAGGAAAGGCGCAUGGCCAGGGCGCCCUGAGCCGCUUUGGAGACUCUGACACUUAACCACUCCUAAUAUGUGUCGAAAUGGACCAUACAAUAAUAAUACGGACCAAAAGGAAGACGAGGUCAUCCGGUCCGGAGAUGAAGGAUUGUUCGGGACUGAGGUCUCAGGAAAAAAAAAAAAAAAAAAGAAAAAAAGACAGACUGAUCCUGAACGACAUCUACAACGACAGAAAGAGAGUUUCAGAAGUGACUGAAGCCUUGAGUUGUCAAAACUAUUUCAAGCUUUGCUCCCUGGAGGAUUGACUCCAAAAAAACCAC